GUUUAUUUGCCAAUUUCAUUCGAAUAUCGAAUUUCGGCAACGUAGCCCCUGAUGGGAACGACACCGCACAGUGUCGCUGGCACGGCUGGACGAUGCGUGUUACUCAGCGGUCCGUUUGAGACGUGCGUACAAGUCGCCCUUGGAAUGAUCGCAAUGUCGGUUCUGGUGGUGAAGCGGCACGGUGAAAAGCCACGGCGGCCUCUGGGGGUGUGGCUGUUUGAUGCGUCGAAGCAAGCCAUCGGCGCUGGCGUCGCGCAUGCAGCCAACAUUGCCAUCGCCAUCGCUUUGGUCGGGUUUACAGACAAGGGCGCCACCGACGAGUGUGCCAUGUACUUUGUCAACUUUGCAUUGGACACGAGUUUGGGCGUGGUGUUCAACUGGGUGCUUCUGACGCUGCUCACGUCCACGGCCAAGCAAUGCAACUGGACAUCCCUGCAGUCCCCUGGCGAUUACGGUGACCCCGUUCGAGUCCGGGUGUGGCUCAUGCAGCUGACGUCGUGGCUGGCCAUCAUCUUGACUGCGAAACUGAUCAUCGGCUGCGGUAUCGUGUACUGCCAGGCCGUGCUGGUGGACUUUGCAGUUUGGGUGUUUGCCCCGCUCGAGGCACAUCCGCGUGUGGAGCUAGUGGUCGUCAUGAUUGCGUGUCCGUGUCUGAUGAAUGCGCUGCAAUUCUGGGUACAAGACAGUUUUCUGAAAAAGAAAGCCAAGUACGAUUUGCUUCCGCGCACAGAUACCAAAGGCCUCGUAUGACUCGACUUCCGUUAGGACCAUACCUUCCAACUUGUAUAUGGGUCGGACGCCAUUUAAUUUAGCAAAAGAAAAUUCUAUCACUUGAAAAAUAUCAACCCAGUUUGCCAUUCUCUA